AUAGUUUGUCUAUGUGUGUUAUUAUGACAGUUCCGAUAAUCCUUGUGUGUAUUAUUUAAUAUUUAUUCAUAAAUCUGCACAGCAUAAGACAUAGAUUAUUUUAUAUAUGGUAGAAGAAAUACCUUACCUCAAAGCAAGGAAUAAAGAUUAAAAAUAUAGUAGUAACUAGUAACAACCAUGCACCUCGGAGUAAAUAUAUCAAAUGCUCUCCAGCAAUUAGAAAGUGUGAAGGUUGCAGUUGAUCAAACAGAUGAUCCAAAACUCAAGGCCGCAACAAAUGAUGACCUAAAUAUGCUUAUUAACCUCUUGGAAAGUCCAAUUUUAAGAAGUAUUGCAACUUUACAUGAUUCUGUUGCUAUGUUAGCUACUCAGGUCGCUCAUCAUCCUUCAAUUCUUCCAGGGGAUUUUGAUAUUACUCCAGCUGGUGAUUUAGCUUUGCAAACGAGAAACCUUUAUGGUUCGCACGAGGGAGAGGAAGAGCAAAGAGUGCCUCAGGUUUCACCGCCACAUAGCUUGGAUUUCGGAUCAAACUCAGAAAAUGAGCGUAUAAUGGGUCUUGAUACAGCUUCUAUCGAUUCCAGCAUGUCCCCAAAGCAGUCGCGUGGAUUACUGGACUUAUCGCGCAAUGACGACUCUUUAGCUUCGACUUCUACCAACAUAGUCGCUGGUGAUUGGGCUCAAGUUGAGACUAUCAACUUAGUAAACGAUGGAACUGGCUUAGGAUUUGGUAUUAUAGGCGCUCGAACAACUGGUGUCAUUGUAAAAACUAUUUUGGCGGGUGGUGUCGCAGACCGUGACGGCAGACUCAAGUCAGGAGAUCAUAUAUUGCAAAUAGGAGAUGUAAGUCUUAUGGAAAUGGGGUCGGAACAAGUGGCCGGCGUGUUGCGGGCGUCAGGUUCCAGGGUUCGACUGGUAGUGGCUCGCGCGGUUGACCCGGCCGCGGUGCACGCUUCCAUUGCUCCUAUCGUACCUGCAAGGCUCCUGUCCAACCCGGAGGCUUUGGAUCGGUAUCUCUUGGAUACUGGUUUCGAACAAGUGUUCAACACGCAACCGACACCAGUUCCAAGCAAUCCACCAGCGUCAAGAUUCGUAUUCAGCAGCACUGUCACACCGCCGCCUGAUGCAGAUGCUGAAUCACCAGAAGUUGAUAGAUUCACAGUGCAAUUAAAGAAGGAUGAAAAUGGAUUGGGCAUUACAAUAGCGGGGUACGUGUGCGAGAAGGAGGAGCUGUCGGGCAUCUUCGUGAAGUCGGUGACGGCGGGCAGCGCGGCGGCGCUGAGCGGCGCGGUGCGGGUCAACGACCGCAUCGUGGCGGUGGACGGCGUGUCGCUCGCCGGCAAGUCCAACCAGCGCGCCGUCGACGCGCUCAAGCAGAGCGGCAGCCUCGUCACGCUCGAGCUCGAGAGAUACUUACGCGGGCCAAAGUUCGAGCAGCUGCAGCAGGCGAUCGCGGCGGGCGAGAGCGCGGCCAGCGCGCCGCCGCACAACCCGUUCCUGCACAUGCACCGCCCCGACGCGCACGCGCCGCACCCCGCACACACCGCACACCCCGCACACCCCGCACACCCCUCGCCACACGACAUACCCAUGAUGCACCUCAACAACACUUCGGAAACGAUUGAGGAGGAUAGCGCGGAACCACCUCUAGCACGCAGCCCUACGCCGCAGCCUGCAUUCGAAAUGCCGCGCACGCAUGAACAGAAGGAAGCAAUCCGACGCAAGUGGCAGGCUAUAUUAGGUGAUGAUGUUGAGAUCGUUGUGGGUGUGGUUGUCCGUGGUGGCGGCGGGCUUGGCAUCUCGUUGGAGGGCACCGUGGACGUGGAGGGGGGACGUGAGGUGCGACCGCACCACUACGUGCGCAGUGUGCUGCCUGAAGGACCCGUGGGCCGUGCCGGAGUACAUCGUCCUGGUGAUGAACUGCUCGAGGUGAACGGGCACCGACUGCUGGGCAUGAACCACCUGGAGGUGGUGUCGAUCCUGAAGGAGCUGUCGAGCGAGGUGUGCAUGGUGUGCGCGCGGCCGCGAGCCGCGCCCGCGCUCGACCUGGCGCCGCCCUCCGCCACGCUCGUCAAGGCGAAGUCUGACGGCAGUCUGGCGGGCGCGGGCGGGGAGGAGGGCGGCGCGCUGUCAGCCGGCGGCAAGGUGCGCUCGCGCAGCCUCGAGCCGCUCACCGGCCUCGCCAUGUGGGCUUCCGAGCCACAGAUCAUUGAAUUGGUGAAAGGAGAACGUGGUUUAGGAUUUUCGAUACUUGACUACCAAGAUCCUCUACGGCCGUCAAAGACUUUGGUAGUGAUUCGUUCCUUGGUGCCGGGCGGCGUGGCGCAGCAGGAUGGUAGACUCAUACCCGGCGACAGACUGCUCUUCGUCAACGACCAGAAUUUGGAAGACGCAAGCCUAGAGCAAGCGGUGGCAGCGCUGAAGGGCGCGCCGCGGGGCGUGGUGCGCAUCGGCGUGGCCAAGCCGCUGCCGCUGGCCGACGCGCCCCCGCCGCUGCCCUCCUCCGCUCCCCCCUCACACAACACUGAUUAACAUUCCAACGGCAACAAAUUAACUUAUAUGGGAUUUUACUAUAAAUAAUUAUAUAAUGUUAAUAGAAUUUUGACCACAUUCAUUUCUAUAAGUGAUAAAAAUAUAUUUAUCAAGUCUUCCUAUCCGUAAUAUCACCGUUGAUUGCUAGAUGAUAAGUUUAUUAUUUCAGGUAUUAAAAUGUUUUAAUGACAGUAUUACGACUAUUUUUAUGUACUUAACGUUUUUAGAAUCGCGAUAAUUGCUUUGAAGCGCAACAAACGCAAUUACAUUUAAUGAAACUACUUUUUCACAUUUUAUCAUGUUUAUAAAAUAUUUUCAUUCCAUGUGUAGUGUCCGAGUUAACUCAGAAAUAUUUAUGUAAUUCUUUUUUGUAUUGAGACUGUGUUUACAUUCCAAGAUGCAAAGAUUGACAUUCUUUUAAAAUAAAAAUUCUUAUUAUAAAAAUAUAAUUCCUUAUUUUAAGAUAUGUUAUGACAACUUAGUUUUAAGAACUCGGUUUUUGUUCACUUUUUCAUAGUUUAAGCAGAGAUGUCAUUUUAGCAUCAUUUUUAUUGCAUGAUUUUUUUAAAGUUUUAUGUGUUACGAAUUAUGAAUUAUAAUACAUUAUAAACAAAUUUACCUAUGUAAAAUUUUAUUUCAUCCUGAAAGUUUAGCUUCAUUGUAUACAAUUAUCAAUGUGUGGUAUAACUAAAAAAAAAAAAAAAAACAGUUUUAUGG